AUGGCGAGGAUACCAAGACGACUUCGGGACUUGAACCUUACAAUGCAUGAUGCAGAACAUGUGCAGCUUGCUGAAGAAAAUCUGCAAGGUCCUCCAGAGAUUGAUAAUAUAGUACCAGGAAGAUCUCAUGAAUCCACUAGCCAAAUCAAGAUAAUUUGGCCAAAUGGAGAGAUGCGGCAGAUUGUAGGGGAAUUUCGGCUGAAGAAUUUAUCCCAGGUACAUGGAGGAAAGAUAAUUGUGGAGACUAACGAAAAAGGUGUUCCGAAUGAAAGGUCUGGUUCCAUUCUUAGUAGCUAUCUUAGCGACGUUGCAGAGAACUCCACAUUUGCACCACUGAACAUUCCAAGAUGGGACAAUGAAUUAUUUGUCCAGAGAAAGAACAACAUGAUCAAGGAUGUAGAGGAGAAAUUUGUCUAUCCAUCUGAGACAAAGCAGCUUACACGAGACUGGGUCCUAAUGACUAAGUUAUGCGAGAAAAACACAGAGUGUGCGAAGCAACAGAAGAAUCCACACACAACCGGGAGAAAAAGCCAUGCCAGGCUACAAAAAGAGAUGGAAAUCAAAAGGAAAGCACCGAUCCACAAGAUUGACCUAUGGGAUGAAGCUCAUAAGAAAAAAGAUGGCAAUUACACAAGCGACAAUGUGAAGACAAUAAUGGAUGCAGCUAAUGAGGAGUUAAAAAAAAGGAAAAUCGAUCAUAAUGGUAGCCUUUCCAUUGACGAUUAUACUGAAGCCUUUAAAGGUGCACUUGAUAAAAGGGCAAAACUUCGAGGUUACUAUGAUGAAAAGUAUUGGAGCGGAGUAAAUGUUUCUCAGGGAAUAACUUUUGUUGGGAAAUCUGACCAAGAAAAUCUUCAGUUUGAAGUACGCAUGGUGAAAGAUAAUGUAGAAGAUGUCAAAGAUGAUGUAGAGGACGUCAAAGGUGAUGUAAAGGAAGUCAAAGGUGAUGUAGGGGAUGUUAGAGGUCAGAUGGCUAUGAUUGCUGCAUUCCUUGCCAAAAAGUUUCCUGGAGAGAUUUGCAGAAAUGAAGUGGAUUCUCCUACAGAAAAUUAUCAAGUCACUCCACAUGACAGAGAUAACAAUCUCCAAUCUGAAUCUUAUAAUGUUCUUGAACAAUCAAAUAAUGAUGUGCAGGAGCCACAAACUACCAUGCAGAAUGUCCAUGCUGAAAAUAAUCUUGCAGUGCAGCAAGGUGGCCCUGAACCAAGUUUACGACUUCACCAAGUCACUAACCAGGGCGGUGAGGAUUUGAAGAGUGAGUGCAUUGAAGGAGCUACCAGUGGCUGGGGAGCACUUGAAAAGGGAGUGCACUAG